UGCCACACUUCUCGACACCGACUCUUCAGCAUCUGCAGUCCUCACUUUGACAUCAACGUCUGACAGUCACUCAAUCAAACGGGACUGCAACGACUUUCAAGUAUGAUUCUGUGAGAAGGAGCAAACUUUUUGGUUCCUGUUUGAGUGUGUUUUCAGCAUCAGUGGGACUGGAUGAGAGACCCUACUGUUGCAGCACCUGAAUUGUAGAGCCUGAAAUGGUUAUACAGCCUGGAAAGAGGAAUUCACGAUGUGGAGGGGCUCUAGACGUGUUUGUGUGCGGCUGAAUCUACGGCCAUGGAAAAACCUGAGGAAUCCCGCUCUGUGGAGAAACCAUGGAAGUGUGGCGACUGUGGGGAAGGCUUCUGUGCUCCAUCUGCCCUGGAGAUUCAUCGGCACAGUCACAACAGGGAGAGGCCAUUCUCCUGCCCUGAGUACGGGAAGGUCUUCAGCAAUUCCACCACCCUACUGAGUCACCGGCGGGUCCACACAGGGGAGAGGCCGUUCUCCUGCCCCGAGUGCGGGAAGGGAUUCAGUCAGAUACCUGAACUAAGAGGAAGGACAUGUGGGGGAUCGCCUACCUACUGACCUGUUUGAUCCCAUGAUGGGGAAAGCCACUAAGUAUCGAUGCGAUCCGGAACGAUCCGAGAUUAUCCACCACCCAUGCCAAGGAGAUGUCGAGGCAUGUGGAACGUGACGAAGAUUGAUUAUUGCAAUGGACUCUUACGUCAGAAACGUAUGGUCCAUGUGGACAGUAGAAAUCAGUGAGAGUUACCUUGUCGUUACCGAACCUGCCUUUUUGAU